ACAUUAUUCAUCAUCUCUUUUCAUAUCCAUAUACAUAUAUAAAUAAAUAUGAACACAACAAAUUGAAGUUGGUUCUUACAUCCUUCAUUACCCUCGAAACCAAAACAAGAAACAAGGAAAGAAUUAAAAUGGCAUCAUCUUCUUCUUCAUCAUCAUCAGCAGCAGCACAACAUGCUCCUCUUCUGCAGGGUCUAACACCAGAAGAACACGCAGAACUUGCACAAAUCAUCAACACAUACCACAAGUUCGACCCUUCCCCAAACACCUGCAGCUCCAUUAUAACGCAGCGCAUCGACGCACCAGCGCAGAGGGUGUGGCCACUCGUUCGAAGCUUCGAGAACCCUCAGAAGUACAAGCACUUCAUCAAGAGCUGCAACAUGAUGAGGGGAGACGGCGGCGUCGGCAGCGUCCGCGAGGUCACCGUUGUUUCAGGCCUUCCGGCAUCCACCAGCACCGAGAGGCUCGAGAUUCUAGACGACGAGAAGCACCUUCUGAGCUUCCGCGUGGUCGGCGGCGAGCACCGUCUUCAAAACUAUCGGUCAGUGACUUCGGUGAAUGAGUUCAAGGAGAAGAAUGAUGAGAAGGUUUACACGAUAGUGUUGGAGUCUUAUGUGGUGGACAUACCCGAAGGGAACACUGGUGAGGAUACUAAGAUGUUUGUGGACACUGUCGUGAAGCUCAAUCUUCAGAAGCUUGGGGUGGUAGCCACUUCUACUACACUGCAUGCGCAUCAAUGAUUCUUAAUUAUCAUUAGAACGGUGGAAACUCAAAUACACUCGAUUUCACGUGAAGUUGAUAAUUAAAAGCUGUUAGAUGAUUUAACUGAUUUGACUAAAUUUUCAUAUAACAGCUCUCAGUUAUCAAUUUCACGUGAAAUCAAUGGCACCUGAAUUUUCACCAAUUAGAAUCGGAGAGUAUUGGACUCUCAUAUAUAUCAUCUUUCUCUUGUCUUAUAGAGACUUAUAUUAAUUAAUUAUUUUUUAGUUCACUGCUAAUUAUUAAUCAUUGCUUUAUUUUGCAUUUAGCAAUGCAAGCUUAAUUAAUAAUAUAUAUUCUUGUUCCAACCUUCUAUUGUUUUGUCUUCUCUCAUCUUCUUCCUAGUAACAAUAUAUCGAAAACAUGAUCAUGAUGAUGAUCAUAACUUGUAUAACUUGCUGGAAUAA